AUGCUGGGCUCAACGCUUCUCCUGUUAGCCUCUUUUGGCACUGGACUUGUCCAGUCUGCGCUCACCUUGGACGAUCUUUAUCUUGAGAAUGCUCCAACUUCUCCGCGUCCCUACGUCAUUCCGCACUACGCCAACUCCCAUGCCGUUACCAUUGGCACCCAGUUGUACCGGUUCACCGUGACUGGUCCCUCAUCUGGCUACGCCUUUACUCUGAUGAGCACCAAUUCUCCCUCCAGUGACUCUCUGGGUGUCCUCCCGCAUAUCCACGAGAAGCACUACGAGAACUUCUUCUCCUUCAAGGGCCGCUUCCAGCUUUGGGCUCAGAAAGAUGACGACGAGCAGCAGGCCCGUCUCCUAACCCAAGGCGACUAUGGCUCCGUCCCCCGCAAUACAACUCACACCUUCCAAAUCCUCGACCCUGACACCGAGAUGGUCGGCGUUAUCGUCCCCGGUGGAUUUGAGGAUCUCUUUUACUACCUCGGCACAAACUACACCUCAGGCACAGACACCCCCUACGUUCCCAAGAUCUCCAACUCCAGCUCCUCGAGCUCAACCCCCUCGUCCAGCAUCAUGAGCACCCUCAAGUCCUUCGACGUCUACGCCCAGACCGACUUCGAGCCCCGCUACGAUCUCGUGAACGGCACUGCCCCAACAGAUAGCACAUGGCACACCGGAGCAAACGCUCUCGGCUCUCCAGGUGACCCCUACUUUGUUGCAAAUGGAUACGGACCUAAGUACCUUAGCUCCAAGUACGGGUACCAGGUUAUCCAGCCCCUUGUUACAUCCAAGCAAGCCCAGGACACGAACUACACUUUAUCCACUAUUUCGCUUAGUCGGCAGACAAAGAACAGCCCGCCGAGCUACAAACUUGCAGGCGCUGCGGCGUUUGAGGUGCUCGAGGGUGUCCUUUCCAUUACCAUUGGGGAUUACCCGCUUGCUACGUUGAACAUGGGUGAUGUGGCUUUUAUUCCCGCUGGAACUGAGUUCGCUUACUACAGCACUGUUGCGUUUACCAAGGUGCUUUAUGUGGCAAGUGGCACUGAUGGUGUGGAUUCGCAGCUGAUUAAGGGCGGUAAGAGCUGGGACUUUGUUACUUUCCCCAAGUACUAG